GAGGAGAGCUUCCACAGGGCCGGACCCGUCUAACUGCCCCUAUCCAGACGCCCUCCUCCCCAACCUAACCUGCCCCUUUGCUCCACAGCCCGCCCAGCCCACCACCACCACCACCACCACCACCACCACCACCAGUACCAGCACCCCUCCUCCACUCAAACGCACCCUCUUUUCCCUCUCUCUCCUGCUGUGUGCCAUUCCCUCUCUCUCUCUCUCUCUCCUUACACUUCCUCCAAGUGGCCAGGGCUCCUCUCUUUUCUCUUGUCCUCUCCACAUCCCUCCACCACUCCUUCUUCUCCCUCCACAGCGACCAAUUCACCGGCUCCAUCUUCACCUCCUCAGGUUGAAAAAAAAAGAAGAAGCAGGAUCUCUUUCCCAGAACUUCCCCUCCGAACAUCUGUUUGUUUAUUUUUUGGUCCGUCCUCACCGGUUUUCCCUGCGGAGAGGCCUGUCGGUGAGCGUGUCUGGCGUGUGCGAGGGUCUCCGGUGUCGUGCUCUUUGCCCCCGAGGGACUCCCCUGAAAGCUUUUUGACCGGAGAGAAGAUCGCAGGAGAAGAAGAAGUUUUUCCCUCACGAUGAAAGUUCAGCUGCUGCUCCUCCUGGCCCUGGCCGGCCCUUUCUGUGCCUUCACUCGUGCAAGCCCCACAGAGCUCCCUGCAGACACCACCGAAGAGAUCCCAGUGACAGCAGCCGUCCCUGAUGCCACCAAUGCUGCAAAAGAGGAACUUAUCACUCUUGUCACCGGGCCCCCUGCCACCGAACCGGCGGCAGCCCCUGAAGAACUCAUGACAGAGGUUGUCACCGAGGCAGCACCUGCAACCACGGUCAUCAUGGAAGAGGCCGUGGCUGAGACAGAAGGCCCCGUUGCUUCUACUGCAGCGGCACCAGAACCCCUCGUCACCGACGCUCCUGUCGUGACCGAAGCCCCGACCGAGGCUGCAGAGGUUCCAGACGUUCCAGCCGAGGCGACGGCGGCCGUGGAGACAAAUGAGGAAGUUGUCGUUGAGGAGGGCUCAGAAGAUGGCCUGAGCUCUGGUCAGGUAGUCGGCAUCGUGAUCGGCGCCCUGCUGGCGGUUGUCAUCGUCAUCGCCGUGGUGAUCGCCGUGGUGAGGAGGAUGGGCAAAUACUCGUCUGCCAAGAACAAAAAACCUGCCAAAAAAGACAGCAUUAUGGUUUCUGCCUUGAGGAAAAAGUCAGCCAAGCAGCAGGAGCGUGCAAAGUUCUGGAAAUUCUGAACUACUGAACUGUGAUGUUAUUUCUGAUCAUUAAAACAAGCACGAUCCCAGAACUGAAUUAAUCUAACCAGGACUCUGAACUGUUGCCAAAAAACAAACAAACCAAAAAAAAAAAAAAGAAACCGAGGGGGAGGGAGGUUUGUGUGUGUUAAUGUAUAUACUGCAUGUAUGUGAGAUGAGACGGGGUUACAUGAGCCGACAUCCUCACCUCCCCUGCUACCUCCUCCAUCCCUGGGAGCUGCUGAUAAUAAAAGGCUCCGUCAGCCCCCUUACUCCCUUGAAGAGAACAAAACAAGGUGACAGCAGGAUGUCACAAAGAAUUUCAGGGCUUUUCAAAUGCAUUUUAUAGAGAAAAAGAGAGAGAGAGAAGAAGGGGGAUUAUCUGACAUCCAGGGGAAAAUUCUCUCCUUUUAAAGUGAUGUAGCGACUGACUUAGAUUAAUGCUGAAGUUGGAGGAAAGGAAUAUAGAAAUGGAAAAUACUGACAAAAAAUAUAUAUAAAUCAAACCCACAAAGAGAGUCAGGAUUAGGAAAGCAGGAAAUACUGUUGCAAAUUCCACAGGAUGUAUAUACAAUGCAAGGGGACUACAUAGUAUACAGCUAAUGACUUUCUCAUAUGUUGCAGUUGCAUAGGUUAGCAUUUGAUAUUAUGGAAUACGCAGUAUGUACAGGCAGCCGUAGGCUAUUGUUGUGGCUAAAACAACCCCUGAGCACCAGCUAGAAGAUCUUCUCAUGUAGCCAGAAUCCCUGACAUGUGUUGGCCAACUGUAUAAAGCACCGAGUGCAGAAGUUGCUCUGACAUAACAGUCGUGAGGGCGAGCAGCGAGGGGAAAAGGCACCCUCAUUUGCAAGAGUAACGUGACAUUCUGCCCACUUUAACACUGACAUAUAAAAACCUAAUACAUAUCUGUGAAAUUUAGCAGAAGGGUUUGUGCCACUGUCUCUGGUAUUCUCUAGCUAGCUAGGAAGAUUUUAACUUUUGAAGUGCAUUAUUAAUGUGAAUUGACUCUACUUUUUAACUGACACCCAUUCCAAAGAAAAAAGCAACACGACUUGUUCAUUAUAAGGGCUCACACACAGCCAGCAAUAGCAGUGUCUUGACAAUGUAUUCAUAGUAAUUCUGUUCAUAGUUAGAUUACCAGAACAGCCAUCCAGCCUUUAACUGGAGCUAACCCCACAUUGCAUGCACAGGAUGACGUUUCACAGUUGCACUUCAUCGCAGUGCACAGUGUUAGGCAGUUUUAUUGUUAUUUUUUGCAAUUGUAAGUGUGCUAAAUGGGUCUGCAGAUAAUGAAGUCUCAACUUACCCCUGCUUGCUUUACAGACUUGUUUAAUAUGUGCACUGAAUGAGUGGUAUAAUGUUUAAUGAAUAGGCUUUUAGACACUGCAAAUGUUUGCAACGACGUGUUUGUUUCCUCCCUUCUGCUUCGCCACAUAUUAUCACUUCUAGGUCUUUAAUUUGUGCCGUCUGAUUCGUUCAAGCCUUUUAUUUAAUUGCAGCGUUUUUGUUCAUACUGUUUCAAUAAAAAAACUGAAAAACA